AUGUCAUCCAUGACGCAGAAUCGCCUUUUCCGCGAAUAUAAAACACUAUCAACAAACCCGCCGGAUGGGAUUACCGCGGGGCCUGUCUCUGAAGAUGACAUGUUUCACUGGGAAGCCUUGAUACAGGGACCCGAAGGCACCCCUUACGAAGGUGGGGUUUUUGCUGCUGAGCUCAAAUUCCCUAAGGAUUACCCUUUAAGUCCACCGACAAUGAAGUUUGUCGGCGGGGGAGUUUGGCAUCCGAAUGUCUAUCCGAAUGGCACAGUGUGCAUCUCCAUUCUACACCCACCCGGCGAUGAUCCGAACCACUAUGAACAUGCCUCGGAGCGCUGGUCGCCUAUACAAAGUGUGGAGAAGAUUCUCAUCUCAGUAAUGAGUAUGCUUGCGGAGCCGAAUGAUGAAAGCCCAGCAAAUGUGGAGGCUGCGAAGAUGUGGAGGGAACGGAGGGCUGAGUAUGAGCGGAAGGUCAGAGAGGAGGUUAGAAAGGGACUGGGGUUGUAG